CGUCUGGUCCUCCUCUUCGGUCCAGUAGAGGAAGUCCAGACUGUAAAUCCAAGAGGGAUUCAGCUGCCAUGUUCGGAUGAACUCAGAAAUCUGCUCUUUGCCGACUUCCACUGUGAAGUCUUUGGCAGCCACCCAAAGCAUGCUUUAUUUUGAUGAUGAUUAUUAUAUGAUUAUGAUUAUUAUUAGUCACUGAACUGUGUAAAAAGGUGACACAGGUGUUCCAAGUGAGGGGUUUUUCAUUGCGCUCGUCGUUGUCGAUGACAUAAUGAUUUAGUUUUUUUGUUUUAAAGGGUCAGCACGUGACGUUUCGGUCUGAACAUUAGCUUCGUUAAGGUCAAUCAACCUGUUGUUACGUAGCUACUUGUUCGACUUUUGGGAUUUAUCGAGAGAUGCUGCAGAAAUGUGUCGUCAAAAACGAUUACGUGCUUGAAGAAACCAGAUUUACUUUGGAAUCGUUUCUAUUUCCUGGCCCAUUGUCUAACGAAAUAUAAUUUCCAGUCCUCGUCGUAAUGCAAAAUGCAUAUUGGGUUUAUUAUAAUUCUGUUGAGUUCUUUUUUUAAAUAUAGUACUUUCAAUAGCAUAUUUCGCACUUUGCACUUGUUGCACAUAUCGUACUGUGUUGUAGACAUGUCAUUUAUGUAUUAAUAUGUAGAUUUGUAACAAUUUUUAGUUUUUUAAAGAACCAUUUCCCAAAAGGAAGUGAUGUCGUUUACGCCAUUUCCGGUCUUUUUCCUGUUUUCGAACUAGUGCUAACGCUGUUAGCAGCACAGCACUGAAUGAAUGUUUUUUGUUUGUUUGUUUGUUUUUCCUUGUCUUAUCAGUGAGCCAUCAGACGCAUGUCGCGGAUCAGGACCACACUGGACAGCGUCACCAAGGCAGUAGGAAGCACAGACCUCAUCUCCAAGUUCUCCCGCCUCAAGCCUGGCACGGUUGUGGUGGACGGCACCCAUGCGGAAAAGGUUCUGGUCAAAGCCGACAAGGUCGCAUCGAAGGACCCGGAUGUUUCGCUGCCUCCCGAAGCCACCGUAGGAGAUGCAAAUGGUGAGAAAUGUGUAGCAGAAGAUGACAAAAAAGGAGCACAAGUUUCAGAAAAUCCCUUUGUUGCCGCCAAGAAUUCCAGCGCCACUUCUGAGGUGUCUGCACCCAUCUCUUCCUUAAAGCACACACCGCAGCUUUUCCACCCAACCAACAUGGACGAGACCUACAAGACUUUAGCUCAGCACAUCAACAGUUACUUUUCCAUGGGCACACAGGGGGAAGAAGGCGAAUGCAAGCCCCAGCAACACUGUCAGCCAAUUCCUCACAAAAGUGCAGACCACAUGCCAGUUUUCUCUCCAGUGGCAGCGUCCAAGAGCAUCGAUACACCUGCUACCUCUCAUCCAUCGGAAGACCUCAGUCACCCUGAAGCUAAAGUGCCAUCUGGCACUCCUGCAACAGAAAGCACGGCUCCAUCUGUCCCGGUUCUGACCACCUCCCCUAAAAAAGGCUUCACCCACUAUCUAUCCUACCCUCGUCCAAGUGUUCAAGCUUUUGUGGGAAACUACAUCGCUCCAUUGGUGCCCAAAUUCCGAGGGGAUGGUAAAAGCGUUGAGAAAGACAAACUCCCAGCCACCGGUGUAGUGGAGGCUUCUGUGGAGAAGGUGGAAAGUGAAGAUCAGGUUAAUGAGGCCAAGCAGCAGCAGCUUUUGGCUCAAAGGGAGAAGAUAAUAGCCAGGGUGAGUGUUGACAACAGGACCAGAGCCCUUGUGAAAGGCCUCCAGAGAGUCAAUGACGUCCAGCUCCUAACCAGUCGAGUGGAGGAACUCAACUGUCACCUGCUGGAGUUCCCUGAGACGCGCGGCGUCGCCAUCAAGGAGAAAGCUAUACCAUCCCUGCUGCGUUUACGUCAGGCCACAGACCUCCGCCUUCAGGCCUCUGUGAGAGAGUCACUAGCUCUGGUCGGCUACACAGAGCCGGUAAAAGGGAGAGGAAUCCGGGUCCUGGCUAUAGAUGGAGGAGGGACAAGAGGACUUCUGGCCCUGCAGACACUCCUCAAACUGGAGAACCUGACUGGAAAACGAGUCCACCAGCUCUUCGACUACAUCUGCGGAGUCAGCACAGGUGCCAUCCUGGCUUUCAUGCUGGGGAUUUUUCAGAUCCCCUUGGAAGAAUGCGAGCAGAUGUACAGGAAGUUGGGCUCGGACGUCUUCAAGCAGAACGUCAUCGUCGGGGCCGUCAAGAUGGGCUGGAGCCACGCUUUCUACGACAGUGAAAUUUGGGAAAGCGUCCUAAAGGAACGAAUGGGUGAGGGGUGCAUGAUAGAAAGUGCCAGAGAUCCAAACUGUCCCAAAGUGUCAGCAGUGAGCACCCUGGUGAACAGGGGCCUGCCUCUGAAGGCCUUUGUGUUCAGGAACUACAGGCUGAUGCCAGGGGUGAGGUCGCACUACCUUGGAGACUGCAAAUACAAAAUGUGGCAAGCCAUCAGGGCGUCGUCUGCAGCGCCAGGCUACUUCCAAGAAUACGUGCUCGGGAAAGAUCUCCAUCAGGAUGGAGGCCUCCUGAUCAACAACCCCACAGCGUUGGCCAUCCACGAGUGUAAGUGCCUCUGGCCCAACACGCCGCUGCAGUGCGUGUUGUCCCUUGGCACCGGACGGCACGAGGUGGCGGGGAAAAACGGCACCACCUACACCAGCCUCAAAGCCAAGCUAACCAACGUCAUCAGCAGUGCCACCGAUACAGAAGAGGUGCACACCAUGUUGGACGCCCUGCUUCCACCGGACACCUACUUCCGCUUCAACCCUUCCAUGAGCGAGGACGUGCCGCUGAACGAGAGCCGCGUGGACAAGCUGAACUUCCUCAUGGGCGAGGGCGAGCGCUACCUGGAGCGCAACGACGGCAAGCUCCGUAAGGCCGCCGGCGUGCUGACUAAGGAGAAGGGCAGCAUCCAGAGACUGGCCGAGUGGGUCAAACUUAAGGCCGACAUGUACGAGGGCCCCCCCUUCACCUCCAAACUCUAACUAGGCUGGUAAGGUCAUGCCCAAGACACACAUAAAGACAUUGGUCCUCAUUUAUUAAUAAACGUGUAAAAAUGUUCUCAAUCGGCGCACAAGUUGCGCGCAAAUGCAAAAUCCCCGUCAGAUUCAUAACACGUGCGAAUCGGCCAAUUAUCUUGGCACCACCGUACGUCUGUUAAUGAAUCAGAAUUAAUUCUAUAUAAUGCGCUCGUGCCCACAAUGUGCAAUCUGAAAAAAAAUAGAUAAAUCAGAUUAUCCUAAGGAUUAGAAAGAAUACUGAAGACUUUGGAAAACUAGGAAAUGCGAACGGUCUGAUCACACUUCCCUUACUGAGGAACAACGAAGCGGCCACAGAUAAAAACAAACAUGUCAUACCUAUUAUCGUAUUUUGUAUACAGGUAAGUGGGUUGCCCAGAUAGCAAGAAGUAUUUCCCAUAGCGCAACACACCCGGAAGUGUUUGUUCUUCUUCGUUUCUGUGAGAUGACAUGAAAUCGUGUGAGAUUUGUUGCCAUGGAGGGCUUGUUUCGAGAUCGGUGGCAGAACAGAAUUUUUGUGCGUGGUGUUUUAUGUUGAGAUUAUUGGAGCACACCAACACAGUACGACCAAAACUGAAAAUAAAAUGCCUGUUUUUUUUUUUUUUUUUUUUUUUUUUUUUUAUAAUCAUGUGUUGAGUAAUUCGCAGAUAAAAAAAUAUUUUAAGAUUUGAAAAAUCUUUGUGUGUACCAGGCCUACAACGACUUUUUUCAGGAGUAAAUUGUACAGUUCAUUUGGUUGGCAUGUAGACAGUUUUGGCAAUGAAUUGCCAUAUGAUGUUUACAUUCUUUCAUAAUGAUCUACUUGAAAAUUUAUUUUAACAUGGGCAAUAUGUUAACCACUGGCAUGCAUUGACCACCCAUGUUCACAGAUUAUGAUGAGAUGUGUGUAGCUGGAAGGUGCGGGCUUAAUCGUCAUUGAUGUGUUAUGAAAAAAAAAAUGUUUGAUUCGUAACUUUAAUACAUUAAGCUACAAUAUUGCACAUUAAGGACAUCUUUUUUUAUCAUUUCUAAUACUGCACAGGGAGGAAAACGACCUCAUGUACUUGGGAAUGGUUCUUUCUCAACCUCUGGAUGUGUAAAUAUUUGCUGUGCUGUUUAUUUAAAUCAAACUUGCACUUUUAGGCUUUUUCAUAUGUUGUGGUCAUAUGAACCAUUUCACAGUGUGGGGAGUAUGUUAAAUAUACAGCACUCCAGUUUUACGUAAAACAGGUGCACACUGCGGCUAUACCUUUAACCACAAGCAUAUUUAUACAGUCACCUGCUCCAAGCAUCAUAAAGCGCAAUAUGCAUUCAGACACCUGUGAAAAUUUGCUUGUUUAGGAUAAACCUAUGGCUGCUUUAAUGCCAAUCCUGUGUAGUUGAUUUGGAACUGGGAAUGCAGAGUUUUAAUCUCGCACGGGAGUAGAUGGAUUUUUCAUGAGUUGAGAGCAAGAUGGCAGUUAUUCUCCGUAUAGCUUUUAUUGAGAAACUUCUCGGACAAAUAAGCCUGAAUUGCUCAGUCUUGCAUGAUUUGACAACCCUUCAAUCCCAUCAUUGUCACUGUCAAACUUCAUUGAAUAAAAAAAAAAAAAAAAAAGUCAUAACCUGGGGAAAAUGUUUGUCAUCUUUGCACACUAAAAUGUAGGAAACUUUCAUCAUUUGAAUUUGUUCAUCUGCUUAUUGCCACACACUCAAACUACAAAGACAUCAAAAAUAUUUGUUGGUUGAGGAAUGCCAAAUGUCAGCUGAUGAUGAAUUGCCCCUGUUCCUUUAAUGCACGUUUUGCGUUUCUGACUUUUUGUUUUUAUCCCUGUUGAAGAUCCACUGGCUAUGAUAAAGUAAAUGGUCUCUCUGUGCUGUGUUUACAUGACGAGGUGUGACAAAGUCACAUAUCCACACAUUAUUACUGCUUCGUAGUUGUGUGGUUUGGCAGGAGUUGUCUGUCUCCCUCCCACGCCUUUUGCCAGAGUGAAAAAGAAAAUGGCAGAAUUGUCUUACGACGUUCCCUAGCAACU